AUGAGCAGGUCCAGUUCGAAGUCGCGGUCGACAUCGGUGCCAGCCAGCCCCCAAAACAGGCCGACGUUUCCUCGUGAACCGGACCUUUACACCUCUCUUCUCUCACGGCUGACCGAUUCUCACAAUCCCGAGCAACCGGUACGGGACAAUGGCACAUUUGCUGUUGCUUCAUCCGCUACUGCGCCAACUCUCUCCCGAGCUAUUUCCUCCUUUGGCGCUAUUCCCACAGCCCGGCUCGACGAUGAUAGAUCAUCGAUUAUGAGUGAGGAUGCGGGUUCUAAUAAUGGCCGGAAACAACACCAGAAGUUUACAACAGCAGAGCUGGCGCGGCAAAGUGGUGUUAGGCAUCCACGGUUGAUGUAUAUGAGUUACUAUAUACCAGCUAUCAAGUGGAUUCCACACUAUGACUUAAAAUAUCUCGCUGGAGAUGUCAUUGCAGGGGUCACUCUGGCUUCAAUUUACAUUCCCAUGGCUCUAUCGCUAGCUUCUAACCUUGCCCACGUCCCACCAGUUCAGGGUUUAUACUCCUUUGCUGUCGUACCUGUUAUAUACGCUCUUCUCGGUUCUUGUCCUCAGAUGGUCACGGGUCCGGAAGCAGCUGGGUCUCUUCUUGUCGGCGAGGCUGUUCGUCAAGCGAUUAACUCCGGGAAACAACCCGAAGAUGAUGCCACCAAAAAUGCUAUAAUCGCUGGUAUUGUAACCACGAUCACGGGAGUAAUAGCACUUAUGGCCGGUGUUGUACGCCUAGGAUUUCUGGACAGUGUUCUAAGUCGGGCCCUUCUUCGGGGUUUUAUUUCGGCCGUUGGAUUUGUCAUUACAGUCGACCAAUUGAUAUCUGAACUGGGUCUUAUCACCCUAGCGAAGGAACAGGGUGUAACUCACGCUUCCUCCCUCACAAAAAUCGAUUUCUUAUUCAGAAACACAUCGAAUAUCCACGUACCAACCGCAGUCAUCAGUCUGGUAGCCUUAUCGAUUAUCCUUACAGUCAAGAAAUUUCGAGCGAGGGUCCAAAAGAGGCACAAUUGGGUUGUUUUCAUCCCGGAUAGGUUCUUGGUUGUCACGAUUGCGACGGUGCUUGCUGCAAAGCUAGACUGGAAAUCCAAGGGAGUUGAGAUUCUUGGUGAUGUCUCAGCUGGAAGUUUUCAAGUGAGGUUUCCGUUCAAGCAAGAGAAUCUACCAAAAAUUCGGGAGGCCUUGCCGACAGCUUUCCUAAUCAGUGUUCUUGGGUUCUUCGAGAGUGUGGUUGCUGCCAAGAGCUUGGGCAGCCCUAUCGAUGCCAAUAUCAGCUCGAACCGAGAAUUAGUGGCGUUGGGUGUUGGUAAUAUAGUGGCUGGAUUUGGUUGUGGUCUCCCAGCUUUCGGUGGGUAUGGAAGAAGCAAGCUGAAUAAGUCGACGGGUGGUAGGACUGGAAUGAGUAGCGUGGUCCUUUCUUCCAUCACCAUCAUAUCUAUUUGGUUUGUGCUCCCGUACUUUAAGUAUAUUCCGAGAUGUGUCCUAUCCGCUAUGAUUACAUCCGUCGCUUUUUCCCUUCUUGAAGAAGCACCGGAAGACAUUCGCUUUUUCACCAAGAUCAAAUCCGCAAGUGACCUUCUUAUGAUGUUCAUCGUCUUUUCGCUUACAAUCACCUACUCCCUCGAACUCGGAAUCGCAGUCGGUGUCGGCCUCUCUGUCGUUCAAAUUCUCCAACACGCCACCCGAGCACGGAUUAUGAUUCUUGGACGAGUACCGGAUACUACUCCAGCCGUAUUUAAAAGUGCAGAAGAAUUUCCACAAGAGAUUGUACAGAUUGAGGGUUGCUUGAUCGUCAAAAUCCCCGAACCUUUGACAUUUGCCAAUGCCGGAGAUCUUCAAAAUCGAUUAAAGAGACUUGAGAUUUACGGGAGUACAAUUGCUCAUCCGUCAUUGCCACGGUUACGAAGUGAUGAGCAUAAUAGAAAUGUUGUGUUUGAUGUCCACGGAAUGACCAGCGUGGAUGGAAGCGGUGCACAAGUUUUGAAAGAGAUCGUAGAGGGUUACCUAGAAAGAGAUGUUAGGGUUUUCUUUGCUAGAGGUCCUAGAAAGAGUGGGGAGGUUUGGAAGAGAAUGGUGAGGAGCGGGAUCGUGGAACUCGUUGGCGGGGAGGAGAGAUUCUACGAACACGUCUCCGAUGCUUUGAAAGCUAUGGAAGGAGAGGAGCAUAACGGGAAUGGAAACAGGGAGGGGAGGCCCGUUAGUGUAUGA